GUAACAUUGGCAGUCUUUGUGUAUCCGACGGUCAGAAAAACGACGCCAUGGUCUGUUUGUAUUGUGAUACGUCACUCACUAGAAGAAACUGGUCAUUUAAUCAAGAUUACUGCAUGAUAAAUGGAAGCUGUAUAAGACAUGGGAGUUCAGAACAGAACAAAGAAUGUAGAGUCUGUGAUGUACAUACCAACCACAGUGUCUGGCAAAUAAAAAAUGGACACUGUUAUAUACAAGAGAGCUGCUUCAAAGAUUUCGAAGUGAAUACAAGUUUUCCUUGCCAAAUAUGCAAUUCAUCCAAAGAUACUUUUCACUUUUCCACAAACCCAGAUUAUUGUAUGAUAAAUGGACAUUGUGUAAAACAUGGGGAUACCUCACAAAAUAAAAAUUGUAAAGUUUGUAAUGCAUAUACAAACAGCACCGUUUGGCAGCAAAAAGAUGCAUACUGUAAUAUUGGUGAUCUGUGUGUGGCUGACGGACAGAAGAAUAAUGGCAAAUCUUGUUUAUAUUGCAACACGUCUCUCAACAGAGGAAACUGGUCAUUGAGUCAAGGACAUUGCUACAUACACGAAAACUGUUUGAAAGAUUUUGAAAUAAAUUUGGAAUUCCCUUGUCAGUUUUGCAACUCAUCAAACCAUGUGUAUGAAUUUUCUCCAAACUCAGCUUGUUUGUCUUCAAAAGCUGCAAAAGUUAUAGAAGAAUCCCCAUUUUCAAAUCCAACUUUUGUUGCAACUGUGUCCAUAAUAGGCAUAAUCUGUGUCAUCACCAUUGUUAUAGUGAUCAUAUACAGGAUUAACAUGAAAUGGACUGAUCUCUGCUCAACAGGAAAUGAGGCCACAUAUGAUGGAAAUGUGGGAUUAACCAUUUACAAAAAAAUUAACACAGAAGACUAAUAUUUUCCCAAUACAUUCAUAUUAAAAUUACGUGAUAUAUAAAAUGUCGUUCAUUGAAUCAAGAAGAAAUUACUAACUGCAAAAAUAUUUUUAUAUAUUCAUAUAUUUUUUAUGAAUAUUGUUUUUAGAUUUUACUGAUAUAUUUUGGCUUGAAUUAAGGAAAUCAUUCAAUUAAAAUAAAUAUAGCAAAAAUGGAGAUCACGAUGAACUUUAUGAAAUUUAAUCGAUUCUGAAAUUAUAUUUAAUACAACCUCGGAAAUUUUGCAAAAUAUAGAAGUGUCAAGAAAAAACUUUUUAAAAAAUACAAAUUUCUCCAAAUGUAGGCCAAGAAAUGCGUCAUUAGUGUAAUAACCCUUCUUAUAAAACUGAAAAUCGACAACAUUGUUGCUAAAUGUAUUAUUAAUAAUAAUAAUCAUUAAGAAGUGUUAUUUACGAUAAUCAUUUACUUCAAAAAGUGACUCAACCAAUUUCAGUAGUUUGUAUAUUAAU